AUGGCGGGAAAGAAGAACAGCAAUAGCAAGUCAAAGGGAGACAACAAGUCCAGCGCUGAUGGCGACAAGGGUGGCUCCAAGUUGAAGGGCGGUCAGAAAAUCGAUGUCCGGCAUAUCCUCUGCGCGAAACACUCCAGGAAAGAAGAGGCUCUUGCCGAGAUCCAGCGUCUUACAAGGGGUGAACCAAAAGAAGGUGCUCCAGCCAAUGCGUCAGAGCCAGUAGGAAAGAUGGACCCAAAGACGAAGACUAAAGCGCCGACACAAGCCAUAUUUAUCCACGUCGCUAAACAAUUUUCAGAGGAUAAGGCUGCCCAGGGAGGCGCACUUGGCGUGAAAACGAAAGGCUCUUUGCACCCGGAAUUUGAGAGGGUAGCUUAUAGUCUACAGCCUACAGAGAAUGGGAUUGUCCACAUUGGUGAAGCCAAGACGGAUUUUGGAUACCAUCUUAUUGUGGUAGACAAGCGGUUAUAA